AUGCAGCGAACUAUUGAAACGCGCAAACGCUGUUGGUGGGCUAUUUAUGAGAUCGAAACCUUCUGUUCUAUCUCAUACGGAUACCCCCAUGGCAUCGUUGAUACAGAUUGCAAUGUGGAGCUCCUAGAUCCGCUGAUGACGUCUCCUGGUCAGUCACCGGCCAUUUAUGAUGAAUUACACCAGUGCCCAGCCAGUCUCUUGUCUUAUAAAUAUCUGAUGUCAAAAUUGUCUGUUCUGCUCAAGGAUGUCUUGAACGAUUUAUACGGAGUCGGAUCGCAUCAAUCAGGGAGCAGCAAACGACGCCCAGGCUCACUCGAUCUCAAAACACUUUUGCACAAAGUGCCCAUAUUGGAUGACCGAUUGCAGAAGUGGAAGGCCGAAUUACCAGAUAUUUUACGCCUAAAUCCUAUUACCCCGACACAAUAUUCUUCUGUCGAAGUAAUGGAUUGUGACAUUGGUGCAUCUGGCCCUGGCUUCGAGAGCCACGUCUAUCAGCUUCAAGCUCUGGCUCUUUCGCUAGCGUAUGAAAAUGCAAGAAUCCUCAUCCAUCGACCACUUCUCACGUACCGAACGCGACCUGGUAGUGAUCGCGAACUAGGAAGUCUUCGCGAAUCAUCUAGAAAGGCGUCCCAUCUCUCCUUAGAGGCCUGCCGAGAUGCUGCUAUGAAUACCUCAAACCUUGGAGAAUCCCUCAUAUUUUCGCUUGCGGCGGAUACGUAUGCUGCCGCAUUUAUAAGCAUCCAUACAUUUACCGCCGGUGUUAUGCUUUGUGUUCUGACCAACAUUGACCCCUUGGCCCCAGAGUCUCAGCAGUCUAAAAUAGGCCUCCGUCGGCUUUUGAAAAUGCAAGCACAUUUGAAGUCGAAGUCACGAUCGCCCAUUUCAGAACAGGGACUUGAUAUCCUAGAGCGAUUGACUCGAUUAGUCAUGGAGAAAGAAUUGAAAGAGAUUUUGACUCCCAUAAAUGCGGUUAGCUCACAGUUUCAGGGAAUGGAAGCCCCCGCACUUGGCCAUUCCCAGAAUUUGGGUGAAUGUGAGCCAAAAGACCAACUAGAUGAGACGGAGGAAGCUACUCAAGAAGCGGGCUUAGUGGACUUAGUGGAAGACACGACUGUUUCACAGGCGUUAUUUGAACUUGACCAAGGUAUGGACUAA